AUGCAACACUUUUCGAGGGGCUUUAGCUACUCAAGGCUAUUACCGAAGAGUAUGUCUUCUUUGAGUGGUAAGCCUGAUCUUUUUGAGUACACAUCUGGGCGCUUUUUAUUUAACGAAGACAUCCGCCGCUCUGAACGCCAUAUUGAAUUUGACGUGAAUGCUCUUACAAAGGUGGCCUGCCAUUCUGUCGGUCGACCCCUUAAUGGCGUGGCCUCGAUUACAAAACUUACCGAGGGGGGCUUUAACCGUGUCUUGCAAGUCACAUUCAAUAACGGAUAUACAAUUCUUAUAAGGCUGCCAUACAAGACAACUGUUCCGAAACAUUACACAGUGACUAGUGAAGCUGCCACACUCGCACUUCUGCGUGCUUAUAAGGUCCUAGUCCCAAAAGUCCUUGUAUAUUCUUCAGACCAGACAAAUGCCGUUGGGACCGAAUAUACUCUACUUGAAAAGCUUAAAGGAACACCCUUAAGUUAUCAAUGGUUAUCUAUAGAUACCAAAACUAGGGUCAAAAUUGUUGAUAUAGAGAGGCGGUUGAUAAGUAUCCAUUUCCUAGUAAAUGGAAGUCUUUAUUAUCGCCAUGAUCUCGACGCCUUAAAACACUUAAUCCUAGUCUCGGACGAUAUUGUCGUUGGCCUAACUGUAUAG